UUUUCUUUCUUUUUCCUUCUUUCUUUCUUUCUUUCUGUCGGGAGGGCAGGGGGAAGGGUCUGGCUAUGUUGCUCAGUCUGGCCCGGAACUCCUGGACUCACUCUGCCAUCCCACCUGACCUUCCCAGUACCUGGAACAACAGGUAUGCUCUGCUGUGCCCAGCUGCCUCUAUAAGCUUUUUGAACAGAGAAAAGGAAAUGUUUGAAGGAAGAAAUGUGGGGUACUGUUGAAAAGCAAGGAUCUCUCUUAAGAAGACAAGAGUCUGAGCCUGGGAGACAAAUGAGAGAAUUGGAAGCAAGGGUCUGCUAUAAGAAAUAUUUCAAAUAUUACACACUUUCUUUCGUUCUUUGAAUUCUCAUGACUUCCUCACCCCACCCUGCCCCACUCCACUCCACUUCUCCCGGCUGUAUUCCAAGUCACUUUCUUCCUGUAAUUUCUGCUAGCCUAAAGCAUUCUUGGUGUCUUCCAGCCCCUUCUCAGGUGCCUGGUCCCUGCUAUAGGCACUGCCUCUGAAUCAGCAGAGUGGAGAGGAGCAUCUGCUGGGAAACAUGAACAAGACCAAAAAGAGAAAGACACUUCCCUCCUUCCGUUGUCUUGAGCCACUCCCGCCUCGAUUGGGAUGGGGCAUGGCUUUCCUCUGCACAAAACCCAUGGACAAGGUGGAGUAUACCUCUGUCUCUAGAGUGCCACCGGUUUUCCACUUCAGCCCACGGUACUGUGACCAUGUUAAGACCCAGUAUCUGAAAAAGGCUGCAGCCAACCUUUCCUUCUCUCAGGAGGUAAGGUGGCAGCGGGGGCUGCCCAGCAUGCCUUAUAGCCAAUACAGCUUUGACCACAUCUAUAAAACAGAUGACACCAUCCUGCCUCCCCAGACCAGGAAGGUCUACACUAAGAAACCUGCCAGCAGUAAGUUUCUGUAUUCCUCAGCUCUCUCAGCAGGAGACACCACUCAGUCUGUGAAGACAGAAAGCUCUGCCAAUUCUAAAAAGAUGAAGAAACCAAAGCCAGAAUGCUCGGAACAGAAAGCAGUUCACCCUCACACCCAUCAUCCCUGCAGGAAGCUAGAUACACUGGACCUGUCACCCUCUCCAGAUGAGAGUCUGGAGGAAAGGGAGGCCUGGCUUCCGCCUGCAGAGGCGGCGGCUAGAGGCUGGGAGGCUAUCGUGCUGAAGAAGCUGAACAAGCGCACAGCCCAAUGGAUCCAGAGCAAGCGUCCUCUGAGGCCUGGAGUAUCGCCCAACAAAUGGCAGAGCUUCCUGCGCCAGCAGUAUGACUGGAGCCACAUUUGGGAUGAACUCACCUCAGCCAGUGACCUGGAGCUCCUAAAACUGGAGGCGGAAGAGACAGCAGAAUUGGAGGGUAAAGCCAUCAUCCCACCUCCCCAGGAAAUAAAGAAGCCAGAACUGCUGCUUCCUGUUUACUACAGAUUACCUGGUUAUUCUCCACAAGUACAGACAGUUGAAAUUGUGCCUGGCAACAAUAUGACAGCUGAGAACAUCAAAGAAGAGAGAAGUGCCUACCAGCCUCCAGAGCUGAGCCCCUUCUGGCAAGUGAACCCCAGAGCUGGAGAGUUUGCUUACUCCACAGACAACAUCUUUGAGCAGGAGAUUUACUUUGAUGAAGUGAAAAUCGUCCAUCAGAUUGGUGGGAAGAGGGACCAAAUUGUCCUGGAAAACCUUAAUCGGUACAACAAGCAUCUAUCUAAGGCCUUCCCUGAAACCCCAGAAAAGUGGAGUUUCCAGUCUGUUCCUGAAGCAUCUUGUAGGCCCAGGAAAGGAGCCCUGCGUUGGACUGCUUUGCCCACCCCAGUCAAGGACCUUUUGCUGAAGGUGGGUGAGGACACAUCCACCAAGCCUAGAAGGUGGAAGAAGCAGGUUCAACCCCUGAAGGAAGAUGUGACUUGGGAAGUGGCAGUCCUACGAAGAAUGCUACAGGAAUGGAAGACUGCCUGGGCACUCAUCAUUGAAUGGCACCAUGAGACAGUGGAGAACCUAAUGCGGGGCAUAGUAAGCAUGAAUGAUGACAACAGAAUCCAUGCCAUUGUCACUUGUGCCACAGCUGCUUUAGAAUGGCCCCGGAUUGCCAGGAAGCAGAACUCAGAUCCAUUUAUUCCGGAUUUGCCAGAGGCUCUUGUGCCUGCUCUGGAGGGUGCUCUGUAUGAUAAGAAUGCCAAUGUGAGGAUGGCAGCAGCAGUAUGCCAAUACGCCACACAGUCACAUAAUCCCACUGCUCAGGACAUCAUGUAGACUGCCCUUGUGAAGGGUAAUAGUGUUGACAGCUGGGCUGCAGCUCAGUGCUUGGCACUGAAAGGUAUUGCUACUUACCCGGUGAUUAAGAGGAUCCUGCAACAGCUCUUUAACAAGAAGAAUGAGGCCACUGAGGAGCAGUCUUGUAUCCUCCUGAGCCAUCUCAGCGGAAAGACAACCCUGAUACACACAAUGCUUGCUGUGGAGCUGAACAGCCAACAAUGGAAGGACAGGAUUGUGGCCUGCCAGGCUUUCUCCCGGAUCAGUGGAAAUGUCUGCAUAGAUAUGAAACACAAGUUGAUCCAACUGAUGUGGAAUGACUGGAAUAAGGCAGUAAGGCAAGCAGCUGCCAAAGCCCUGGGGCAAAUGAACCUUGGGAACGAGGUACAUGAUAUGAUCAGGAUUAAGCUGGGUCAAGGAAAUUCUCAGGAGCGUACUAAGGCCCUCUCCCUGAUUUGUGGGCUCAAGUUCAUGUCUGCCAAGCUUUUCCCAAGCUUCCUGCAGUGCUUCUCUGAUGAGUUCAUAGCAGUUCGACAGGCAGCCUGUUUGGCAGCAGGUGCCCUGAAGAUCUGUGACAAGAUGGUGCUUGAAUGUCUCCUAAAUCUGAUGCACGGAGAUCCUUAUUGGAAAAUCAAAGCUCUUGCCAUUCGAGCUUUGGGACAGAUUGGGCAAGUGAGUCCCCAACUGAGAGAUAGCCUGCUCUGGGCCAUCCACUAUGAAUACUCACCAAGUGUAUGACUGGAAGCUUGCCGUAGCAUCCAAGGCCUCAAAUUUCAAGGGAACCAGGUCAGGGACACCUUCUUAGAUGUGCUGCUCCUGGAGGAUCACAAGGCUGUUCUAAAGGAAAUUUACCAGGCAAUGAAGACACUCAACUUAGAAAAUGAAAGCAAUUCUCAAGAAAUGCUUCAGGAGAUCCAUAACAAGAUUGAAACACUAAACCAAAAGGAACUGCUGACAAAGAAAAUAUUCAGGAUGGAGAUGGUCAUAGGAAGUAUGAAGGAAAAAGCUAAACAUAUUUAUUCACAACCCAAAGAGGACCAAAAACCAUUGGAACUCCACACUCUUCUUGAAGAAAUGUUUGACAAUGAAGUGGUUCCUCCUAGAAGAAUGUCAGAGUUUUGUGACACCAAAGCAGUCAUAAAGGUAAUGUGA